ACUUGGUUGAUUUCAGCCCUGAGUUUGAUUAUUUCCUGCUGUCUAUUCCUCUUGGGUGUAUAAUGCAUUCAUUAGACAUAAAAAAUUGGAAGGUCAAUAAUUCCAAUACAACAAUGUUGGAACAUCAUUUAUUCCCCAGUUAUUAUGGCAAUAGAUCUAGCGUCACAAAUCUGGCAGGUGAGCAGUUAUUAAGCACCAUAUAUCUCACACUCUGUAUCUGUACUAGAAGGUGGAAAAAGCCUCAGUAUCUAGUCAUUUUAUGCAUAGGAAUGCACCACUGAGAUUCACUACUACUCUCUAUAACAUAUUUAUGACUCUAUAUAAAUUAUAAAAUGGAAACAUGCAUUGAAGAGGGAAUUAAAUUUGAUAAUAUUUUCCUCCCUUUAGUAUUUUUGUCUGGGAAAAAGUCAAUGUUUUCUCUUAACAAAUUGCUUCUUAAACCAUUGGGGAAUAUAGAAAAUUGGAGUAAAAAGUGUUUGAACCUAGGUGCCAGAAACAGUUUUGGCUUAAUAUAGUCAGAAAUACAACUUUGAUUAAUUAUUUAUUCCCAGUGAUUUGUGUGUAGAGAUUUGUGUGUACCUCCCUAGCAUACAAUUAUACUGAGAUUUUGAUUAGAAAAUGGACUUUUCUUUGGGAAAAACAUUCUAACUAUCUAUAUUCAUUCUUAACAAUAAAGUAUAGUUACUCAGUAAACAUAGUGAAGAUUCUCCAGUAAAUUCUUCUAGUGUAGAUAUGGAUUGAUUUUUGAUCCUGGCACCUAUCUUUACAGUUUUGUUGAGUUUUUGGGUAUGUGAAUGAAGCAUUAAUAUUUCAUUUGAGAAGGAUUUCAUUUUAAUUAUCUGUGUAGCCUAUUUUGCAUUCAUUUGCUCAUAUUUUAGAUUAAUUUCUCUUUUUAUACACUCCAAGUUUUAUUGCGGUAAUACUCACAGUAUCUAAAUUACAGAACACACCUGAAUGAUUUGAGGUUAAUUUGUAUAUCAAUAUGUAGAGUAUGGCAAACAUUUGGAUUUAUCUUGAUUAACUAUUUAUUAAGUGUAGAUAGGGAAUAAAAUCUCUGUAUACUCCAAAACUUGAGCUAUGCUUUCCAUUCUUCCUGUGCUAUGUUGUUCAACAAAGACACAAAAUUGUGGGAUCUCUAAAUACAUUUUUAUAUGUACAAGAAACAUUGAAAUUGUGUUGCCUAUGAUCUAUAAACAUUCUAGUUGAAUGUCAUGCUUUGUUGUUAGAGUUAGAUUCAUUUUUUUAAUUAAUAGAUAUUGGAAGAUAGUUAUGUGUUCCCUCAAAGAUAAACAUCAACUCCCAGAUUUUUCUUGCCUGACAAACAAUCUUUGUCAGUAGAUAAAUGAGGACUGUAGAAGAGGUGCAGUGGAGGCACAAACUAGUGUGUUUCACAUUAGAAACAGUCUUGUGCUUUGUGAGCUUUGGCAUAGGAACAGAAAAGGCUUUGAGUGAUCCACAUUAUAGUAGAGGGAGUAUAAACUUAGAUGGACUAGUGGGAAGAAAGAGAAGCGUGCAAGAGAGGAAGCAUUGGAGAAUACUAGGAAUAGCUUCAAAUGAGUUUCCAGGAGGGGACAUUUGACAGUGUUUGAUGUGAUACAUAACUGUUCCUGGAAGAGUAGUAUGCAGUAAGGAUAGUUUAAUGAAGAAUCAAGAGGUACAGAUUCUGACACUGAAUGUGAUAAUAUUGUAAAGGAGAUUCCCUGGGUGUGAGUCACUACAAAGAAUUUCCUUAGGGAUAGCCAGUGUUGCCCACCCAUGUGUGAGCAUAGCACCUAUGACUAGACUAACUGACAAAUUAUGGAUGUACUGAUAUAUGUUGAUUUUGUCUGAUCCUGUCUGAUCUCCACAGCUAAACAGGGUUGGGCUUGAUUAGUACUUGUAUGGGAGAAAAGCUUGAAACUUUAAUACUUAAGAAAUAGAUCUACUGCAUGAGUGCUGAAUGCCAAUUGGGCAUUAAGUAGAUAUAAUCUUGAAAUUAUUUGGAGAAUUUGAGCAGCAAGGUAUAGAUAUGUAGAAAAAGGCAAUAAGUUAAAGAAUAUGUGGCUAGAAUUAGAAGUGAGUAAUUACAUUGUACAUCUUAUAGUGAAAGAUAUUAAGGUAGUCGUCCUGCGUAGAUUCAUUGCAUAUAGCAGAAAUGGAGAACUUGAAAUGAAAUCAAACUUUGGGCUUCUGGGAAAGGAGAUGUGUGCAAUAUAAUUGUUGUUAUACAAAAAAUCCUGGGCCUUUUCAGAGGACAGAUGUGGAUGAUGAAUAAGUUGUGGUCACCAAGGCAGGAUAGAGCCACAAGGAUGAAGGUAAUAUGAUGAGGUGCCAUAGCUGAGAAUGUAUCAAUUCCUCUAUUUACUUCUGGGCAGUAUAAAAAAUGUGAGAUGAUUACCCUAAGGUAGUUCAAUGUUCUUGUGGGUGAGCCUCAAAAUGAUGAAAAUUAAUGGCUCAUUUGUAAUGGUAUUUGUACAAUUUCCUGUUUUGAGUAUGAAGAUCAAUGCCUAACUCAAGCAAUUUUGGUGAGAGUUUUAUUUCUGUUCUUUUUAAUUAGAAAGGGACACAUCUAAUUAUAGGAUUGUGAACCUUAUGGUCACAUUGCUUCCAUAAUCAAGAAGGAAAGAAUGAUGAACGAUCUUGAGGUACUGGAUUUGUGCAUUUUAUUCAGUCCGAGAUAUACCCCUAGGAAUGGAGCUGCCCAUUUAAGGUUGUCUAUAGGUGUAGGUUUUUCAAAACCAAUUUUAAUAAGGGUUCUCAAACCCUUACCAGACCCAAGAGGAUCUGGACCUGUUUAAAAGUAGUUCUUUGGAGAUGAUUCUAAACUCCAUUGUCAGGAUUCCAACAGUCCAGUUCAGUAGUGUCAAGAUAACAACAGACCAGUUCACGAAAGAGGAAUUAGCAACUACAGCAUGAGUUAGCAGAAACAACCAGGCCUCUGAUGAAUCACCAUGAGUCAGGAGGAGCACCCAGAACCAGCAGGAAUACCAAGAGUUCUCUGUCACACCUCUUUCAAUGAAAUAAAAAUCAGCUAAGAAGCAAGACAAACGAAUAACUGAAUGGCAAGCAAGGCAAUUGUAUGACCAUUGUUGAAUCUUACUUAUAAUUUCUCCAAAUAUCAUGUGUCCUCUCAGAAGUCUUGCUUGUCUUGCUUCAGUAAAAUAUCACAUGUGUCUACAUCAGCAAAAGCAUCUCAUGAUUCUGCUUCAGCAAAACAUCACAUGAGUCCGCAUCAAAGGACACACCAGUGGUCUUCAUUCCCAAGACAGCCUGCUAUUGAGACUGAAGUGUUUCAGCCACUUUGUAAAUCAGUGUAGAAGUUCUUCUCAAAGCGAGAAAUAGAUCUACGGCAUGAGUCAUCUAUAUAACUAUUAGUUAUAUAUUAAAAAACAUUAUAUCCUACUACAGAGACACUGCUUUAUCAGGGUUCACUGCUGCUCUAUUAACAAAUAGUUGAGAAAUAGAAAUAACCUAGAUGUCCAACAACUUACAAAAAGUUAAAAAUGUGUUACAUAUAGACAAUGGUAGUUUAGUCACCUCUACAGAGAAAUGAAAUAAUGAAAUUUACAGGUAAACAGAUGAACUUGCUAAUAAUCAAUCCAGACCAAGUUCUUUCUGACAUAUGGGAUGCCAGGUUGAAGCUUUAAUUUUGUAUGUUUAAAUUGGAGUACCUGUAGAAGUCAGGAAAGAAGAAAACCUCCUGAGAUGGAAGAGCAAGAUUUGCAGGGUUGGAUGAAUAGAAGAACAUAGUAGUUAUUAAAAAGGAAGGGGGAAUUAAGGGGUUGCAAGUGUGUGGCAUGUGAGGGCAGAGUAAAGGAGUGCAUAUGAACAUAAAUAACAUUGAUAAUCUUUGAAAAGGCCACAUGGAAACCCAUUAUUAUAGAACCCAAAUAUAUGCAUAUCUAACCAGAAAAGAUUAAAAUGGAAUUUUCUUACAAGAGAGUAAGGUCCCUUCUAGACAGGGCACACUAUUGAACAGAGAGGACAUUGCCAGGUGCGGGUUGCCCACCUUUGAGUUGUUUAUCAGCUUAGUCCAUAGAAACUUGAAACAAAACUGCUUGUUAUCAUUACAGUCAGUUAUGCUUCAGAACUUAACAGUAAGACCUUAGUGCUGAAGAGUCUACAUUAUCUAGGGUAUAGGAAAUAAGGAAAUCAAACAGUCAGUAAGCUUAAUAUUUGCCAGCAAGCUUUCAAAGUGCUGUAGGAUGUGCAUGCCUGUGGAGAAGGAAAGAAAUCAACAGUCUGCAAGAUGUGAACAUUGUUUGCUAUAAUAAUGAAUGGAUUGUCUAGAUAUGACCAUUGGUAAAACAGCAGCAUGAGUAUUAUGAGAGAAACCAAGUGCUUUCUGAUUACGUUGUUCCACAGAAAGGAAACAUCUCUUAUUGGUAACUGUGUAAAGAACUUAUGGCUAGGUAAGUCCUAGAGUGUAUAGGGUAAAAUGCUGCUAUUGUAAUUGAACAUAAAUUAUAUUUCUAUAAUUUCCUAGUUUAAUAUUAUUAUUAAAUUGCUUCUCAGACAUAUAUCCUCAUACAUUAGUUGAAUUCUCAACCCUUAUCAAUGAAGCUACUUCUUUGUAGUAGAUAGAGAUUAAUACAAGGAUUAAUACAAGGUAAAAAUCUGGAGUGUAAGACAAGUAUACUCCUAAGCCCCAAAUCUAUAUCAUGCCUUUUUCUUUAAAUUCUCAAAGAUCAUAUAGUAAGAUGGGUAGUAAGAUUGGAAGGAUUGAAUGACAUCUUUGCUAGGAGUGACAGGAGAACUUCAAAGUUGGUCAACAUAACAUUUAACAAAAAGUUUAUUCAUCUUCCUAGAACCUCAUUUUCAUAUUUCUGCCUAUCAAGGAUAUGUCUGACUCCCAGUCCCACAUGUCCCCUUCUCAGAGGUCAGACUAAACACUGCUGACAGUUUUAGGGUGACCACAACCUUAUAUGUUUAUUAAAGACAGAAAUGAGAAUGGUUGGCAACAGCAAUCAUGUUUCCCUGAGGAGAUUAUUAGGCUGUAGUAGAGCUUAGUUUUUGGGGCUGGGAUCUAAGAGAAAGUAUACUUUGUGAUCCUGGCAUAUCUCCUUUGAGCAGUUAUAAUACAAGAUGUAACUUCUGCAAAAAUACAUAUAAUGAUAAUCGUAUCAGUGUCAAUAGUCUAACAAAAAUAAUUGUCCACCUUAUCAUGAAGAGGCCCAUAUCAAAGGUGAACAUGCAAGAGAGCCAAUCAAAAUAUGCUUGACACAUGUUUUCAUAUGUAUUAACAAGGUUAAUAAUGUCCUUCCCAAACUUACUACAGUGAUGGAUAUCUUAUCAAGGUGUCCAUUGCUCUGGGUCAGUUUUACUUGCUUGAAAAACUUUUGUGUAUUCCUAACUACCUUGUAAAUGAUCCCUUUAUUUGAAUUCAAAACGUAUGGUGAGAUAGUGAAGGAUAGAAUGUGAAAGAAACCCCUAUUGAUGUUUGGAUAAGAGCAUUAUUACAAGGGUAAAGAAUACAAUUCAAUAGUGUCUGGAGUAAAGUUAACAAAGUCUCUGUGAAGGAAAUUGUCUGCUAUUGGCUCCAAGAAUGAUAAUACCAUGGCUGUUCUAAGGUAUUUCAGGAAAAAACUUCUGAAAGAACAUUUGGCCUUCAGAUACAAAGAAAUUGGAGUUGGGGGCAUGUCUAUGUGAAAUGUUAUUUGCUAGACUAUCCAAACUAGGAAAAAACCCAAAAUACUGGUAUGGGUGUUCAGCCAUGAUAGUCUUGACUUAGAGGCCCCAUUUAAAGAUCAACCAAAAGGCAGUUCUGCCUCUGGAGACCCUCAGGUUUGGCUAAGUAAGUAAGUAAUGACCAUAAAAAUUUGGAAGAGAGAGACUUCAGAUUGAUGCCAUCAGCGUGAAUUACCUUGACUUCCAAGAAAAGAUCAGAGUUCUAAUUAAGAGAAUAACUGUAUGAAAGUCAAAGUAUCAUAAACAGCACAAAGAUACAGAGCAGAGUAUCCUGGAUGAAGAGGGAAUCAGAAGUAGUACCAAAUUGCAUACACCAACAAGAUUUUGCUGAAAGGACCCUGAUAUAGCUGUCUCUUGUGAGGCUGUGUCAAUGCCUGGCAAACACAGAAGUGGAUGCUCACAGUCAUCUAUUGGAUGGAACACAGGUCCCCCAAAGGAGGAGCUAGAGAAAGAACCCAAGGAGCUGAAGGGGUCUGCAACCCUAUAGGUGGAAUAACAAUAUGAAAUAACCAGUACCCCAGAGCUCUUGUCUCUAGCUGCAUUUUUAGCAGAAGAUGGCCUAGUCAGCCAUUAUUGGGAAGAGAGGCCCCUUGGUCUUGCAAACUUUAUAUGCCCAGUACAGGGGAAACACCAGGGCCAAGAAGUGGGAGUGGGUGGGUAGGAGAGCAGGGGGUGGGGAUGGUAGAAGGGACUUUCAGAAUAGCAUUUGAAAUGCAAAUGAAGUAAAUACCUAAUAAAAAAUUGAAGAAAAUAAAGAAGUAGUAUCAAGUAACCUGAGAUAAUUAAGAUUUUCUUUUAGAGACUGAGAUGGGUUCUCUUGUUCCCUCAAACUUGACUUGUUUGGGCUAUCACAGGAGAUGACAUAAUCCAAAGUGAAUGAGCUGCUUCAUUCCCAAUACAGAAGACGACUGAGUUUCCUCUGGCAGGGCAGUAAAAAAAAAAAACAACAACAACAAGAAACAAACAAACAAACAAACAAAAAACACCAAAUUUUUGUUUUAGAGGAAGACAAGAGCCUGAAAGUUUGUCAUUUUAGAGUUGAAAGUAAAAAGUACACUUUUCUAGCUGGGACACCUUUUGCCUGUCUUUCUACCUACCAAGCAUCUGUCUGAUUUCCAGUUCCUCAGUAGUCUCCCAUAGGAUUCCUAUGAUUGUUCAAUAGGCAGAUUGUAGUGGCCAUCAAUCAAUAUAGACUAUUGUCAGUAUAUUUGAGGCAAAGAGUAAUAAAUGAUGAAAUGAUGAGCAAUAAGCUUAAUUGAAUGAAAUGUAGAAAUCUGAGUGGGACUCAGGUAGAAGAUCCCAUAGUGAUGACACUAGUCCAGACUGCUGGCUCCUGUUGUAUAGUUUCAGCAAGGAGCAUCCCAAACCCAAGUUAAAGCGUAUACCAAGCCGAGUAGAAAGUAUGGACUCAGAGUGGGACAACUAUAGAAAUUGCAGUCAUAUAUAUUUGGGUUAAAUUUAAUCUCAUGUUGGUGGUCAGAACCUAUAUUUGUUACUGUAAUCCUGGCCAAAGAUUUGUGCUAGAAAAGUUCUAGAUGCUAACAGGUAGGCCUUCUAGGUUGUUUGUUCCAUUUAAUUUGUUUUGCAUAUGAAAAAUAGUUUUUUCAACAUCUAUACUUUUACCAUACUUUACUACUCUUCAUUGUCUAAUACGUAGAGGUAAACAAUUUAUAGUGUUUCACGCAUAUAGACAAAAUUCCCCAAAGUUAAAUUAUUCAAAAUAUGUGAUUGUUGUUAUAAUCUUUUAUUCUAAUGUUCAUAAAACUGAGAAAUAUUUAUAUGACCCCAUCUAAGACUCAGAAAACUUUUCACAAGACAUGAGUAGAUGACUAAAGGACCUGGAGGAAGUCAGGAAAUCUGGUAUACACUUAAUUACGUACAUCAUGGAAGACCAGUCUCAUGGAACAGAGAUUACGGUGAUUCACAAAAUCACUAUGUCCCAAGGCAGAGGCUCCAACGCAAUUAACAGAAGUGACUCAGUCAGGUGUCCUGAUAAGGGACCUUUACAGAACCCCAGGGAUGAGUCAUGAGAUCAUCACUUUAGUUGCAGAUAUUGCUUCCUCCUCUGCUCCUGGACCUCCCGCAAAGCAUGUGGCCUUGGGAGUGGUACAAAUAUUGCCCUUUUACCACACAUCUUCCAGAAAAACACCGUGUGUCUGCUUCAGCAAAGCAUCCUCUCACAAGACAGCUUCCAGAAAUACAUCACAUGACACAACUGAAUCUCCAGAGAAACCUGACAUUUCCACUUCAGCUUAACCAAAAGCACUCUAUUGAAUAGGAGUUGAAAGAGUGGAUACCUUUGUUUUCUUGUUGAAUUUAGAGGGACUUUUGUAUGUUUAUAUGUUUGUUACAUUUGCUUUUAGAUUGUCAUGUUUAACCUAAUUUUAUUUCUUUUCUUUAUGGUUUCAGUUUAAUGUUGUCCAUUUUGAUCAAAUGUUAAAAAUUUUCAGACAACUUCUGCCCCUAUUGGGAUAAUGAUGUGAUUUGUAUCCCUUAGUCCUUCUGAUUGCUUUUGACUUUAUUAGUUUCCAUGUAUUGAAUGUUCAUUCAAUAUUUUUCCCUGUGUGUUUAAGUUAGUAUUACAACUAUUUUAUGAAAAUUAUUCCCUCUAUAUUUAUUGGAGAAACUGCUGUGGUUUCUUUUUGUUUUCUGUGUUUAUUCUGUUCUUUUAUUCAUCUUGCUUUUAGGUGUCUGUAUAACUUUGGAUCUUCUGUCUGUUAAAAUCCUUCCUGAGAUAUGUGAGUUGGUGAUGUCACUACGUGUUAAAUAUACUGUUAGCUAUUCUUCAGUCUAGAGCCCUUAAUGAUUUUGUUUUUGGAUUAAUUUUUAUUCUGUGUAUUUGGUGUUUGAACUGUAUGUAUAUCUUUCACCCUGUGCCUACAAUGCCCACAGAGGCAAAAAGAAGACAUUGAAUCCUCAGUACUGGAUUGUCAGCUGAAUCAUAUGGCUUCUUGAUAUCAAGCCAGAGUCCUCUAGAAGAUCACUUGGUGCUCUUUACCAACUGAGUAAUCUCUCUAGCCCAGUUUCUAAAUACUAAAAUUGUUAUGUUACUAUUUUAAAAUGUUUCUGCAUUCUUUCAUUUUCUAAUAUCUCUUUCUUUGUACCAUCUUAUACUUAGUUUCCAGUUUUAAUGUCUUUAUUUACCUGUGGUGCUUUGAGUAGGAAUGGCCAACAUAGACUCAUUUAUUUAAAUGUUUGGCCCAUAGGUAAUCACAUUUUUAAGCGUUAUGGCCUUGUUGAGAUAGGUGUGGUCUUUUUGUAGAAAGUGUGUCAUUGUGGGGCAGGUUUUGAUGUCUUCUAUGCUCAAGCUAUGCCCAGUGACACAGGCCCUUUAUGCUGCCUGCUGAUUUAGAAGUAGAAAGUAGGUUUGUCCAGAACCAAGUUGACCUGUAUGCUACCAUGCUUCCCAUCAUAAUGCCAAUCAAUUAUAUCUCUGAAACUGUAAGCCAUGUUCAAUCAAAUAUUUUCUCUGUAACAGUUGCCUUGGUCAUGGUGUAUCUUCACAGCAAUGUAAACCCUAACUGCUUGAACUAAAACUAGCUACAUUUUUGUCUCAUAAAAUAAGCACAAUAUUUCUAAAGAAUGUAAAAAUGCCUUUUCUAUGACACUCAAAACUAAGCUGAAUAAGAGUGAACAUUCUUUUCUUGUUUUUGAUAUUAGAGAUUUAAUAAUUUUUCCUAAUCAUUAAUAAUAUUUGCUAUAUGAUUGUCCUAUGUACACUUUAUUAUGUGCCAUAUGUCCUCAGAGCCCUCAUUGUAAAGGAAUGGUGAUAUUUUCUGCAUAUAGCAUAUAGCACAUUCUACCUCUACUGAGAUAGUCAUGUUAUUUAAUUCUUUUAUUUUAUUGGCUAACUGCAUUGGAUUAGUAGUUCACAUAUUUUGAAUGAUCAUUUUAUCUCUGUAAUGUCAGCAAUUUAAUCAUGGUUGGUUGCACUUUUUGUGUACAUUAGUAAAAAAUAUAUGGCUUGUCACAUUUGUCUCCAAUAUUCCUUUAACUACACUUUAUCUGCUCUUGUUAGUACAUAUGACUUGCUGAAUCUUACCAGAAAGCUACAAAAUUCUGUCAGCUUUUACCAUUAAUCCCUAAGUAAUUCAUUUGGAUUUUUUUAAAAGAAAUUCUUUUACUUUUUUUCACUUAAUAUAGAUUUUUUUCAUAGAAUAUAUUCUGACUACUAAGUGCCUUCCCUUAACCCAUUGCAAAAUUCACCCAUGUUCCAUUCCAUUUGAAUCCACACCUUUUCUGUCUUACCAUAGAAACAAACAGGUAUGUAAGGAGUAAUAUUAAAAUAUAAAAAGAAAUAAAAUAAAUUGAAAUAGGAAAAAAAUCAACCAAAUGAAUUAAAUUAGCCAAAGAGAUGAAAAAGCCUAGGAAAAUUAUAUUGACACAGAGAUAAAAUGUUCUUACCCAUAUGAAUCUCAUAAAAACAGAAAACUGGAAGCUUUAAUGUACACAAAGAACCUGAAAGGUUAAAAACAAAUUCCCUAUCUUAACACUAUGAGGCAAAGAAGGUCCAAGAUGUUGAGUUUGUUUUGUGUUGGUCAUCUAUUAUUAGGCAUGAGGCCCAACCUUAAGUGUGGUUUGUUUCCCCAGUAAGACUCCUUUGGAGAAACCUAAUUAUUCAUUUGAAACUGUCUGCCAAUUGGAAAUAGAUUCUGCAUUGUGGAUGGAUGUGUAUUCUACCUUUCCUUCAAGCUCUAGGACUUUGUGUGGUCCAGAACCAUGCUUGUCCUAUGCAUACUGCCACAGUUUCUGUGAAGACAUAAUUUGCCAUGACUUCUAAUCCUUAAUUUAAUUAUAAAAAAGGUAAAGAAAUAGAAAUCCAGAAGAAAUGGAUUAUACUGUUACAGUUUCAUGGGUAGAAAUCCCUGUCACAUCUACUAGACAUAACCUCUAUAACCUCAAGUAGAUGUCUUUGUCUUAGGGCUCUUACAAGCUUUUUACUCCCUGCUUUCUCAACAUUCCUUAAGUUUAAGUGUAGAUAUCGUUUGAAAUUUAUCAGUUAGGAUUGAACACCCUGUGUCCAAUGCAGCUUGUCCUUUGUCUUUUGAUCAGGUGUAGAUUUCUUGAUAGUCUCCAUGUACUGAAAAACAACAUGAGCUUUGAUGAGGAGAGAAGCUACAUCAACAUAGCUCAAAACUAGAAACAACAGAGAUGCUGAUGGAGCUUUCAAUAAGAAUGGUGUCUCCUUCUGGUCUGAGUCUGUGCCCUAAGCAGACAUUGGGCACUAGCUCCACCCCCAAUCAUUCAAAUCCCAGGUGUUGUAAUAUGCCCAGUAUCAUAGGUGAGGAGGCCAUAACAUCUGCCCCAACAAACCAAUACUGGGUGUUACUGGGACCAGUGGGAUCCAGGGACACAAGAACCUCCUCCCAGAGAGUGGCACGGGUUCCUUCUGUUCUGAGCCAGUGCCCUGGGCAGAUCUUGGACGCUAGCUCCACACCCUGUCCCACAAUACCCAGAAGAAUCUCUACUCCUAGGUACAUAACACGCCCAGGGUCAUAGUUGGUCUAACACACUCAGGAUUCCAGAACUCAAAAGCUUGGUCACACCAGGAUUUUGGGACCCAAGAGGCAAAUUGACUCCCAGGAGCUCUGACACACCGAGAAUCUCAGGAUCCCAGGGUCCCAGAGACAGAUAGAUUCUGAGGAAUUCUGACACAACUAAAAUAUCAGGAGGUACAGGCUACAGUUAGAUACAGUGAGGGUAGAUAGCAAUAGAUAUAACCAGAUGGUGAGAGGCAAGCAUAAGAAUAUUAGCAACAGAAACCAAGGUUACUUGACAUCAUCAGAACCCAGAUCUUCUACCAUAGCAAGUCCUAGAUACCCCAUCACACCAGAAAUGCAAGAAUCAGAUAUAAAAUCACUUCUUAUGUUGAUGAUAGAGGACAUUAAGAAGGACAUAAAUAACUCCCCUUUAAAAAAAUACAGGAGAACAGAGAUAAACUGGUAGAAGCUAUUAAAGAAUUACAGGAAAACACAACCAAACAGGAGAAAGAAUUGAACAAGACUAUCCAGGAUAAAAAAAUGGAAAUAGAAACAAUUAAGAAAUCAAAAGAAGGAGACAACCAGGAUAUAGAAAACCUAGGAAAGCUCCUAACACAAAACGUCCAGGAAAUCGAGGACAAAAUGAGAAGAUGAAACCAAAGGAUAAUAGGUAUAGAACAGAGGGAAGAUACCUAACUUAGAUGGCCAGUAAAUAUCUUGAACAAAAUUAUAGAAGAAAACUUCCCUAACCUAAAGAAAGAGAUGCCCAUGAACAUACAAGAAGCCCUCAGAACUCCAAAUAGACUAGACUAGGAAAGAAAUUCCUCCCAGCAAUAAAAUCAAAAUACCAAAUGCACACAAAAAAAGAAAGGAUAUUAAAAGGUUAUAGGAAAAAGGUAAAGUAAAAUACAAAGGCAGACCUAUCAGAUUACACCAGACUUCUCACCAGAAACUAUAAAAGCCAGAAUAUCCUGGGCAAAUGUUAUACUGUGAGGAGGCGCCCUUGCAAUCGCCAUUACAAGAUGGCGCUGAUAUCCGGUGUUCUAACUAGUAAACAGGUAGUCUGCGCAUGUGCUGGGGUAUUUUUCCAUUCCUUGUACCAUGCCUGUCCCGUGGCGUCAUCUGGGCUGAUAGUGAGCAGCCAGUCAGGGUGAAAUAUGUCCCCAAACGCUCUUGUGAGCUAUUUAAGGACCGAGUUUCCUGUGUCCUGGGCCUCCUCCCCAGAAGCUGAUGACCUUUCUCUCAAGAUGCAUUAAAGCUAUGCUGCAGAAGAACCCGUGUGUGUCCUUGCUGGCGAGACUCCCUUAUCACACAGACACAUCUGGUGCCGAGAACCCGGGAACGCCACAACAUCGCUGGCAUUGAGAAGUUCCCCUGGAAACGGGGCAGGUCCAGAACUGCAGUGGAAGGAGGAAAUUAAUCCCUUUUGGAUUCUGGAGCACCUCACUCGAAGAAUCCAGCUCUUGGAUGAUGAGUCAUAAGAACAAGAUCUCAAGACAUCGAUGGAUCAUACUUCUCAUGCUGGAGAUUCUCAUUCCUAGUAUAUCUGGAGAGUUAAGAUGGGGAAUUAUGUCAACUUUCCUUCUUCCUAUGCCGGUUAUGCAUAAUGCACAAAUAUUUCCAAGCUUUUUCACUACAGAUAAAGAACUGGGACUUGCUUAUUUACCCUUAGAUGAACAGAUUCAGGCUUUACUAGAAAAUAGAACCUUCUUCCUACAGGGAAGCCUGUGCUUUAUGUUAAUUUCCUCGUUACAAGAUAAGGGUCAAUCUAUAUCCUUGUAUUAUCAAUCAGCAGCCUGGUUAAGAAAGAGCUCUUGGGGCGUAACGACUGAUAUAAAGGCUGAUACCAUAGUUAUUAGAGGAUGGUGACCUAGCCGAAAACAUGGAAAUAAUCCACCUUCACAACCAAGAAUGGCACCCUUUUGCAAGGGAGGGUCCAUGGAAGAUGUAAUGUUACCUUGGACAGGUUGCCAAGCUAAAAAAUGUACUUGGGCAGGAGAGAAACAUUUUUCCUUUUCCCCAUAUAUUAGUAGAGAGUAUAAUGAUACUUUUGCUGGAUAUCAUUUCAGUACCUUGGACCUCCUCCGAACUAAUACUAACCCUUUUGAUCAAUGGUUGCUUUGUGGGGUUAAUGGAAGCUGCACUGAUCUCGCCCCCAUGGCAAUGAUUGGAGGAGGUUCUAGUGAGAAAGGAGAAUUGACCUUUGAUUGGAAAAGUACCUUGAAGACCGGUCGAUCUGAUAAGCAGAGUCCAAAUUCUUUUAAAUGGACCACCUCCAAUGUUAGAUAUAAGAAACAGAAAGAGGUAAAUUUUACCACCACCCCGGUAUGUGUAUGGCCCCCAUUUUUGUGGGUGGUAAGUAACACAAGCUUAAAUCAGAAUCAGAUAGAGAUAGAUUUCUCACAAGACAAAUGUUUUUAUGCCUUAUGCUGGGAUGCUAAGAAAUAUCCUUUUGCUUUGGUUACCCGCAUGCCUAGAUUUGUUCCUGUUCCUGUAGAUGCCCCUAAUAGCUUGACUUUGUUUCAAGGGAAAAGAGAUUUUGGUAUUUCUGCUAUUAUAGUUGGAUUGGUGGCCACAGCGGCGGUUGCAGCCUCUGUCACGGCCUCGGCACUUGCUCUAUCUACUAGUAUUCAAACAACACAAACUAUUAAUGAGCUUUCUAUGACGGUCACAAUGGCUUUAGAUAAACAAGCCACAGCCAACUCACAAAUACAAGGAGGGUUGUUGCUGAUAAAUCAGUGCAUCGACUUAGUCCAAGAGCAGGUGGAUAUUCUUUGGCAGUUGGCUCAAUUGGGCUGUGAAUACAAGAUGCCUGGCCUUUGUGUUACUUCUGUUCAGUUUAAAAAUUCUACAAGAGCAGCAAAUUAGUCAAAAACUUUGUCUCGUUAUAUGUUACAGAAUUGGACCAUGGAAUUUGAGCAAACACUUUGAGAGUUGAGAGUUGCUAUUCUACAAGUGAAUUCUACGUGUCUCGACCUUUCGCUGACAAAGGGCUUCUCCACCUGGAUUUCCUCUGCAUUUUCCUACUUUAAGGAGUGGGUGGGGGUAGGCUUGUUUGCCGUGAUCCUAUGCGGUGGAGCGUUGCUUUUGCUCUGGAUGGUCUGUAACCUUAAAGCCCAAACAAAAAGGGACAAGAUGGUGAUAGCCCAAGCACUUGCAGCAUUAGAACACGGUACCUCCCCUGAUAUAGGGUUAUCUAUACUUAAGCAAUAGGUCGCUGUCCGCUCAGCUCUUGCAACCCACGAGGCUAUUCUCAUUGCACGGGAUAGAGUGAGUGUGCUUCAGCAGCCCGAGAGAGUUGCACGGCUAAGCACUGCAGUAGAAAGGCUCUGCGGCAUAAAAUGAGCCUAUUCUAGGGAGACAUGUCAUCUUGUAUGAAGGUUGAGUGUCCAAGUGUCCUUCCCCCAGGAAAAUCGACACAGGAGGGACCAAGACCCCUCCGGGUGAUGAGCCUGGGAGGAGGUUUUGUGUAAUGCCCCUAUUUUUGCACACUGGGGAUUUGACCUCUAUCUCCACUCUCAAUAUAUGGGUGGCCUAUUGCUCUUAAAUAAAAGAAAAGGGGGAGAUGUGAGGAGCUGCCCUUGCAAUCGCCAUUACAAGAUGGCCCUGAUAUCCGGUGUUCUAACUAGUAAACAAGUAGUCUGCGCAUGUGCUGGGGUAUUUUUCCAUUCCUUGUGCCCUGCCUGUCCCAUGGCAUCAUCUGGGCUGAUAGUGAGGGUGAAAUAUGUCUCCAACUGCUCUUGUGGACUAUUUAAGGACCAAGUUUCCUGUCUUCUGGGCCUCCUCCCCAGAGGCUGAUGAUCUUUCUCUCGAGAUGCAUUAAAGCUAUGCUGCAGAAGAA